UUGAUAUUGAGCUUUGGGCUUCUAUGACAAGUUUUUUGGAGUUUCUUUUGCUGUGAAAUAUCAGCUUGGGAAGGCUUUUGCAGAUGGAUGGACGCACAUAUGAAAAAGAGAAAGUUUUGACAGCAUUCCCGAUUUUCUGCCUACACUGCACAACUUCAUUCAGGUCGUCGAUCGGAGCUGUUCCCGUAGUCGGAUUUUGCUGAAAUUUGGACAGCUUGUUCGUGACUGCAAGGGCAUCAUUUUGAACGGUCGGAUUGUUCAGUUGAGGUCUGGUAUGUUGAGAAACGCUGCGCGAACAGACCUGCAGUUUUGGGUGAUUUCUACACCUUAUUGUGCUAUUUUGAUCUCUUAUUGUUCUUGGUGAUUAUUGGUGGGCUGUGAAUCCUUUUUAGACUGAUUUGAGAUUCUUUUACCCUUAUUUAUCAAUAAGAGAAUUAAGGGUGGACUCCUCAAGAGGUCCUGUGGUUUUUUAUCCUUCACGUUGAAGGGUUUUCCAAGUAAAAAAUCGUGUGUGCUCGUUGUGCUUAAUUUGCGCUCGUUAUUGUGCUUUAUAUUCUGCAAUAGUGCUGAUUUUGUGUCGUAAUUUGGUUGUGUGACAAUUUGAGUUGAUUGCGUUCCUUAUUUAGUUGAUUGUCUUGAGGUUGUGACAUUGUGGGUGUCAUUCCUACAAUGUCAUUCCUGCAGUUUUUUGGAAAUUGUAUAAAUUGAACGCUUGAUUCUAUUUAAGAAAUAAGAAUAGAAUCACUUAUCUAAAUAACGUUGUAAAAUGGAACCUUUUUAGUGAUGCGCUGUUUUGAGACUAAGUUAAGGGGAAGUAGUUUGUUCAGUUUGACCAGAUAUUGUUGGUCUAACCAAGUCAACUUAAGUGUUGAAUUUAAGAAUGGUUGUGAACCACAAAUUCUUUACCAAAAAAUGAUAGCGAAUUUUUUCGGGACUUCCAAAAAGAAAAGUUAGAAAUAUUUUUAGAGACGGAGUGAGUAUUUAAAUUAAGCGAAACAUGUCCGCAAAUGGUAUGUGACUAACUUCCUCAAGUUUAAAAACAUUCACGGACAAAAAGAAUAAAGAACUUAUCUGAAUUUUUUGUGACAACUGGACUCUGUGACAUAAUAUUUUGUAAAUAAAAAAUAAAAAUGACAUUAAUAAAUCAACAAAGACACUAAAACCUACGAAAAUACAUUUGUGGAAAAGUCUGAUAAACUGAAAUAAAGUUACACAACAUGUUCAUUAUUAAAUAACAUUAUUGGGAUUGAAUUUAUUAGUGAGACACGAGUAUUUUAUACGGAGUAUAUAAAUAAUAUUACUUCCUAUGUCCCUAUUUAAACUUUCAGUUUUGAAUGGCUGCAUUUUUUAGAAAACAAUUUUUUGUUUUGCUUUUACGCUAAAAGGCUCAUUUUAAUGAUGGUAAACUUUAGAGUAGAAUAUAUUGUUUUGACAAUGUUGACACUUUUUGACAUUGCUUGUCACAUUCCUACCAUUGUUAAUUAAGGAUAGUAGAUUAAAUUGGUAGGAAUCUCUUUAUCGAAAAAGGAAAGAAGACUUUGUUUAGGAACGUCAAAAGUGAAGUUUUUAUUUAAGGAUGGAAGGAGUAUAUUAAAAUUUUCUCACUUUUCUUUUUGAAUAUCCCUUAAUAAAAUUCGCUUUUCAUAUUUGGCAAAUAAACUUUUAUCAAUUUAGUCUACUACCCUUGGUCAUUAAUAACUGCACAGUGACAAAGAGAGUUAAAUAGUGACAAAAAAUGUAUUUUAUAGUAAUUUUUAUCCUCACUAAAAAGGGUGUUUCAGGAAGUCAAAUGGGAAGAAAUCCCUUAAAAUGCAUUAAAAUGAAAGAGGGAAACUUAAAUAGGGUGGAGAAGCUGAGUAAUGCUUUCAAGAAUGUUUUACAUAUCAAAGCCCGUUUGCUAGCAUAUUUAUUUUCCUAAUCAAAAUUUUAAUCAUUUUUUCACCAUAUACUAAAUUUUACUACCUCCGUCCCUUAAAACUUUGUCAAAAUUGAUCGCCACGAAGAAUAAUAAGGUAAAAACUGUGUAGUUGAAGUUUAUGCAAAGAAGAGAUAAAUAAAGAAAUCACAAAAUAAUUGAUUAAAACGGAAAAGUGGCAAAAUUUUAAGGGAGAGUAACUAUGGUAGGAAGUAUAUUUGUUGGAAGUAAGUGAAAACGUUUUUAAAGAGGACGAAGGUAUAAAAAGUAACACGCGGGAUUCGAACAUGGGUGGGUAGACAACGAAAAUAGAAACGCUGGGUGGUCUCCCACUACCACCAAACCAUCUGAACUUUUGUUACCUUUGGAGAACUUUUGUGAUUAGUAUUAAAACCAUCGAAAGAAUAAUUAUUAUGACAAUUAUUACUUAAUAAAAAUUUCAGUUUGUUUGGUUUGAACCGAUUUCUUUCUUUCAAAAACCGUUUAUAAGCCGUUAAUCUUCGGGUCCCGAAAAUUUCGGUUCGAUUUCAAUUCGGUUUUUUUCACGCCCGGUUCGAUUUUUUUUGUUCGGUUUUCAGUUUUUCGGUUCAAAAUGCAAGCCUAAUAAAAGACGACAAUCAUAUUUUGGAAUUUCAAAACAUUUUUACUCUUAUUUAAUUUUUUUUUCCUCAAAAAUAAAUCAUUAAAUUUUGUACUAUAAAUUAGAAUUCAUAAAUUAUUGGUGGCACGCAUAUUGCACGGAUUUCAUAAUUUAAAAAACAUUGUGAAACUUUACAUAUUAAUGUAACUAUUAGAUACACUAAUGACAAAAUCUACACAGAAGAAAGUGUCUACACUCCCGUUGAACUUGAGAGUCAGACAACCGUACAUACUUAAAAGUUACGGUAUACCCACUCACAAUCCAUAGCGGCAUUCGGCACCAGACACCUUCUAGAUCCCUGCCGAACCAUCUCUCUGGGGACGCCGUCGUAACACUCCUUACGUCGGGGUCUCCGCUACCACCGCCGCCGCGGACUACGAGUCGACAACUUGGAUUUCCAAAUCUUCGAUCGAAUUGAGAAUGGAGCGCGGUUGCAAGGUCUCUCUUUAUGUCGCCGUCAUCAUAUCGGCCAUCGUUUUCACUUACUGGUCGACGGUGUUCGUAUUCAUAGACCGGUGGUUCGGCCUCGGCUCCUCACCGGGAAUGCUGAACGCUUUUGCAUUCACCGUCAUUGCGAUUCUCUGCACCUCCAACUAUGGCCUUGCCAUAUAUACUGAUCCGGGUCGGGUCCCUGCUUCCUACUUGCCUGACAUUGAAGGCCCUGAUAACGCAAUUCAAGAGAUCAAGCGCAAGGGUGGGGAUUUGCGAUAUUGUCAGAAGUGCUCACUCUAUAAGCCUCCUCGUGCCCAUCAUUGCCGAGUCUGUAACAGAUGUGUUUUACGGAUGGAUCAUCAUUGUGUCUGGAUGAAUAAUUGUGUGGGCCAUGCAAACUAUAAGGCUUUCUUCAUUUUUCUUGUCUAUGCUGUUAUUGCGUCUCUAUACUCCCUGGUUUUACUUGUGGGUAGCCUAGCCAUGGGAUCUGGACAUGAUCUUCAUCAGAAUUCUGAAGGAUCUUACAAAACUGUAUAUAUUAUUGCAGGCAUUUUGUUGAUUCCGUUAAGCCCAACAUUGACAUUUUUUCUUGGUUGGCAUACCCACCUGAUCUUGCAAAACAAGACAACAAUUGAGUAUCAUGAAGGUGUAAGAGCCAUGUGGCUUGCUGAAAAAGGGGGCCAUCUCUACUCACACCCUUAUGAUCUUGGUGCAUAUGAGAAUAUUUUAUCUAUUCUAGGUCCUAAUCUGCUCUGUUGGCUAAUACCCACAGCAGGACACAUCGGAUCAGGACUCCGUUUUCGUACCGCAUAUGAUGAUAAAAUAGUCUUAACAAGAACAUCAGUAUAAGAGUGCUCUCUGAUGCAAAGUGAGUGCGAUUUUGGCAAAGUUACUUGGUUUAAGGAAGACAAAGGUGGAUAUAUAUAUGGAAUUGGGGUUUUCUUGGGUAUGAAACAUCUAACUCCUGUAGUGAGUGUAAGUGGAGCCGGCUUCUGUAUAAAAUGUAUUUGCAGAUUGUAAGAGGUAUGUUUGUGUCACGGGGUAGUCAGUUUGGCAACAGAAAGAUAGCAGAGUAUAUUUAGGAGUUAGGGAGUCUUGUUCUUGUUGUCAGAAAUGUGAAUUCUUACCAUAUAGACAAUAUGCACAAAGGUUUCAAAAAGUCAAAAGAUAAACAAUCAGUAAAUAUGCUUCUUUAAUCUUGUAAUCUCUCCUGAUAUGCCAUUUU